UAAGUUGAUUAAUGUCAAAACUGUAUUUAUAGGUUAUGCACUGUAUUCGUGUAUUUAUAAACAUUUCCAACUUUUAUUUGAUAAUUUUGCCACAGUGUCCUAUUUUGAUAAGCCUAGUCUUACUGAAGCGAAGUUAAAUUGAAAACUUUAGCAAUACUGCGGGAGAUAUUGGCAACAAAGCAUUCUCCAUUCUGAAAAGUUCAAACCGUAAUGUUCAUUAUUGUAAAGCUCGAUAACGGGCUGCAGGAAAAUCAAGAUGCAAUUUAAAGACAUUUUUCUAGUCCUGCUAGUCUUUGCCCCAACAGCGUUAAGCCUGACAUUCAAAGAACCUACUGUUUUAGUGUCAGUUUUGGUUCGGAAUAAGCAACACACUUUACCUUAUUUUCUAUCAAAUUUGGAAAACCUUAACUACCCUAAAGGCCGUAUGUCCAUAUGGAUUCGCAGCGACCACAAUGUAGAUAGAAGUAUAUCAAUUCUGAAGUUGUGGAUCGACUCAGUAAAAGAUGCUUAUCAUUCUCUUUAUUCGGAAUUCGAUGAAGAUGCUUCUUCAUAUCCAGGAGAAGUGGGUUUGGCCCAUUGGACGGAUGAACGGUUUUCCCAUAUGAUGUCUCUUCGAGACAACGCCUUAAAUUACGCAAGAGAAAAUUGGGCAGAUUAUAUUCUGUCUAUAGAUGCUGACGUCUUUUUAACAAACCCAAACACCCUCACUUAUCUGAUCUCAAAAAAUCGAACUCUAGUUGCACCAAUGUUGUAUUCUGAAGGCCUGUAUUCAAAUUUUUGGCAUGGUAUGACUGAGGAUUAUUACUACCUGAGAACAGACGAGUACAAACCAAUUUUGGAAAAGGAAAAUGUUAGUUGCUACAGUGUGCCUAUGAUUCACAGCUGCGUUUUGGUUGACCUCAGAAGAUCAGAAUCCGAUUUUCUUACUUACAGGUCUGAUAAAAUCGAAAAUUACGACGGCCCUCAUGAUGAUAUCAUUGUAUUCGCUCUGUCUGCUAAGAAAAACAAUAUUAAUUUAUAUAUUUGCAAUGAAGACCACUUCGGCUACAUUACUGUACCUUUGGAACAAGAGGACGAUAAAAGUUAUGACCUCGAACAUUUACGCAACAUUAAAAUGGAUAUUCUGAAUUCAGGACAAUCUCUGUAUGUAAAUGAUUUGUUGAAAGAAUACACUGAUCUACCUAGAAAAGACACGAUGAUGUUUGACAAUAUUUUUAUGAUCAAUUUGAAAAGAAGGCCAGAUAGACGAAAGCGAAUGAAUCAGUGCUUUGACGAGCUCGGUUUGAAAGUUCAAACAGUUGAUGCUGUUGAUGGAAAAGCCCUAAAUGAAACAUUUUUGCAAACCCUAAGGUUUAUGCCCGAUUUCAAGGAUCCUUACCAUAAAAGGCCAAUGAAAUUAGGAGAAAUCGGUUGCUUUUUAAGCCACUAUCACGUUUGGGAAGAGAUUGUGCAACGUGGUUAUCAGUCCACUCUAGUACUCGAGGAUGAUAUUCGUUUCGAAGGGUUUUUCAAGUCGAAAGUUCAUAGCGUAAUGAAUGAGGUUUUGAAAAUUCUCAAUUGGGAUUUGGUAUAUUUUGGACGCAAAAGGCUGCAAGAGAAGGAUGAGCCUUGGAUAGAAGGAGCUCGAUAUCUAGUUGAAGCAGGGUAUUCAUAUUGGACAUUGGGAUAUGCCCUAAGCUUAAGAGGUGCAAAAAAAUUGUUAGAGGCCGAACCCUUGACGAAACUGGUGCCAGUGGAUGAAUAUUUGCCUAUAUUGUUCGACAAACAUCCCCAUCAAAAUUGGAAGGGGUAUUAUCCCAAAAGAGAUUUAGUAGCUUUAUCUGCGGCCCCUUUACUUCUCUAUCCUACUCAUUACACAGGAGAAAAGGGCUACGUUAGUGAUACAGAAGAUUCUAUUAUUAUACCUGAAGCCAUAAUCGCCAAAGAAGAUCUGUGACAUUUCAUAUGUGAAAUCUCGCAAUCGAAUGAGUCACUGAAAUUUGAUUUAUUCAUAUUUCAAUAUUACUGCCAUUUAAUGUUGUUGCCUAUAACUUGCUAUUGUGAUUCUCAGUGCCAUGCGAGCUAAGAUUAUCUGCAUCUAACAUUUACGUUACUAACCCAGCUGUUUUUAUAAAAUGUGCCUUAUUAUGAAGUAAGUUGUUUCUAAUUAAAUGUUCUAUUUUA